AUGGAUAAUAUUAAAAAUAUUAGAACCCUUCAAAAAGCUCUUAAUGGUAGACUACCUAGUACAAAUGUCGAUCCAAUGGAAAUUUUUAAUGAAUUACUAUCAUUACAUGAUAAUAGACCAUUUAAUAAGCCUACCAACAUGAGGAAUUUGGCAAGGUUAUUUGUCAUGAAAGAAGCGAAUGCCAUUCAGAUUACCAACUUUCAUGUUAUUAGUAGAGUAACCGAUUUAUUGUUGAAAUCUGUUGCGCAUUCAGAAAAACUUGAAUACCAUAAAUUGGCAUCUCAAGUGAACGAAAUUAUUAAAAAACGGUUUCGUAAAACGUUUUAA